ACAAACCCAGUGUUGCGUGUCGUCUCUCUGGAUACUCUGCUGUCUUUCUGCUCUGAAGACUGUGGUGCAUCCAGACGGUGGGGGAUGGAGCCAGUCCAACCACCUUCCUCCGUCCAGCUCGCUGACCUGGAGCCUCCGCUGAACUAACAGGACCAAGACUGAGACCAAGACAAAGACACCCCCCCUCUGUGUGAGACCCUAAAAAACACACCUUGGAUGAGAGACAGGAAGGAAGACAGUAAGAAGGAGAGAGAGACCGUGAGGUGAGGAUCCAGAGCCUCGGGGUGACCCCAUCAUGAAGCCUUUCCUCCUGGUGGGCCCCCCCUCCGGCCUGCUGCUGCUCCUGGUGUUCUGGCCCCUGCUGGGUCCGGUCCAGACCGCCAGCAGCAGCAACAACAAGGCCAGCGAUAACAGUGGACACCCUCACCUGGGGGACAGCGACCCAGACCGCUGCAUGAGGCACCACUUCGUUGAGACCAUCACACACCCCAUCUACAAGUGCAACUCCAAGAUGGUGCUGCUGGCGCGCUGCGAGGGCCACUGCAGCCACACCACGCGCUCCGACCCGCUCAUCUCCUUCAGCUCGGUGCUGAAGCAGCCCUUCAAGAGCACCUGCUCCUGCUGCCGGCCGCACACCUCCAAGCUGAAGGCGGUGAGGCUGCGCUGCGCCGGCGGGACUCGCAUCACGGCCACGUACAGAUACAUCCUGGCCUGCAACUGUGAGGAGUGCAGCUGAGCACGCUCCCACCCCCUCAGGACUCUGCAGCUCCUCCUGCAGCUCCUCCUGGCCGGGGCUGCACUGGAAAGCUAUCCAGAGCGUUUUUGGUUGAUUGUUGGAUGUGAAAACUGCCCCGAAGGAGGCCGGCUCAGUGUUGUUCUGGUGGGAGUGGAGCAUCUACCACCCUCUCAGACCUCAGAGCUGACCUGCAGCUCUGGGACUCUAUACCCUCUCCAUUAUCUGCAUCCAAUCAGUGUUUCUGCAGCACCAGGCCAGACGCCACAAACUGCUGCUCCCAGGGGCCGACUGGAGACCCUCCUCGCUGUCUGACUCAUUACAGGCUCCGUAAUUCAUAACACACAUGGUCACGAACCGCAGUAUGAGCGCUCAUUACAAAUAUCUGAACCGGCUUCCUGCCAGCUCCAUAAAGCCCACCAUGCAUCUGACAACAGAACAACACGCCUCGUUAAAAAGCAGCAUGGGAAAGGAGAGCGGGACAUGUGGUGGACCUAUAGAGAGGCUCCUGAGGGCCCCGUGCUUAUCCACCCAAUAACAUUUUACACACUCCCUGCAGACUUUCAUGUCGCUGUGUAAAAGAUGAGCGCCGCUGACAGCAGAGCUCAUCAGAGGAACAGUGAAGAGAGGAGGAGGAGGAGGAGGAGGAGGAGGAGCUCUGAGGAGGAAGGUGAAGCCUGGGUGGUCGUGUGGAGGAUCACGUGUUCAUUUUAAAUGUCGUCUGUUCUAUUUGUGAUGUUCCUGUCCACAUUAUUGAAACUGUAGCUGCCGGAUUCAUCAAACUUCUGCCUGUCGUGUAUUGUUGCUAAUGUGUCUGUAACGCUCUCAGUCCACCAUGAUCAAACUCACAUCCAGUG